GGUUUCAUCGUAUUGAACGAUGAGUUUUGGAUAAUAAAAGCUAAAAAAGAUACAUAAAUAAUAACUGCAAAAACGCGUUUUACUUAAAACACUCUCCUCUUUUCCUUUUCUUUCUCUACCCAUCUCUAUCGCUAUAACUUCGAUAUAUCAGUUUCUGGAUCUAAGUUUUGCACUCUGCGUGAUCUCCUUUCGUCUUCGUCGUUCUCUUCUCGAGUUUCACGUUUCGCAGGAGAUCCCAAAAACAAACAGCAAUGAGUCAGUACAAUCAACCUCCCGUCGGUGUUCCUCCUCCUCAAGGUUAUCCGCCGGAGGGAUAUCCAAAGGAUGCUUAUCCACCGCAAGGAUAUCCUCCUCCGGGAUAUCCGCAGCAAGGCUACCCACCGCAGGGUUAUCCUCAGCAAGGAUAUCCUCCGCCGUAUGCGCCGCAAUAUCCUCCGCCACCGCAGCAUCAGCAACAACAGAACAGCCCUGGGUUUCUAGAAGGAUGUCUUGCUGCUCUCUGUUGUUGCUGUCUCUUGGAUGCUUGCUUCUGAUUGAAGUAUCUGCUCAGAGCUGCUGAUUUAAUUGCAAGAGGGAGCGUUUGGCAACACUAGAAAUUUAAAAUUGAUUUGUUGUGGGCAUUGAAAAAAAUGGAUUGCAGAGGAUCUCUUGUCUAUUCUCUUUCGUUUAUGUUUUAUGUUCUUCGGUUCAUAAAUAACCUAUUUGUCUAUCGACGUUCUGGCUCGUUUGGAUUUGAUUAAUGGGAUUUGUAAAAAUUGGUGGUGAAUGUGUGUUCAAAUAAUUCAGAUAAUCAUAUCUCAAUGCUUUUAUUGA